GCACUCGCAGUCGUGCGCGAGAAGUUCGAUCAGAUUGAUGGACGGACGGACGGACGGAACGAGUUUCGGAUCGGAUUGCGUUGUGUGUGCAGAGUGGUGGAAUAAUGGACUGAAGGAAUAUGAACUGCAGUAGCAGCACUAAUGGAAGAUUGAAUCCGUACGGGAAAAUCUUUCUUUUUAUCUCGAGCGAACGCGUUUGCUUAUUGUUGUGUUUUUGUGGUGUAUGGUUUUAACUUUGGUGCGGGGGUGGGAUUAAAGGCAGGAAGCAGGUGGUUCCGUAGGGGCGGACGGAAGAAAGAACUUCGUCGUCGAUAGCAGAAAAAGUACCAGAAGGCAAACGAGUGCAGAAAACGCGAAAAGUGGGGCGCGGCGGUAGGGUGGCAGUGACAGUGGGCAAAGGGGCGGACCGACGGAUGAAGCAGCAGUGUAGUGUUGUUUUUCUAUCUGUACUGCGUGCUGUGACACGAUUAUCCCUGAACGAUCUCCGCUGAAUCUUCCUGAAUGCAUUUAUUUCAAUGAGUCGAUGGGGGAGUGCUAGUUUCUGAUGGUGAUAUUGCAUGCUGACCGUCUGUGGUGUGGAUUUGAUUUGGAUCUUCGGGCUGAAUCUCGGACCAGAAGCUGGGCUAAGGAGGUCGAAAAGAAGUAUGAUAGAACUGCAGAAAAGGAGGAAAGCUAAACGACGAAGUCGAAGACAAAGUAGGGGAAAGUCAGGAAACGGAGAAACUUCCUGCCGGGAGAACAGCCGGAAGGGAUAAAUAGUUAAGCGGAACGUAUUGCGACGACAGCUCAGUGUUGUUGUGUUGGAAGUGUAAACUAGCUCAAGAAUAUCGGUAGAAGACGUCCCAUCGGAGAUUGAUCAUGGAUGCGGCAAAGCUGUUCUCCGACCUGGAGUCCAACAACCCAACCCUGGUGAAUGAGGCCAAGAAACGGUUCAACGAGCUGUUCGCUAGUACGCGAGAUGCAUGGUUCUCGCAGAGCAUGAUGGACUACUUUAGCCAGACGUCGUCGAUUCGCAUCGUGGACAUCCUGGUCAAGGUGCAACCUCCGCAUGACAAGGUCAUUUUGGACCGGCUGAGCGAAUGGAUCCGUGGCGGGUCGAACAAGAUGCACGCCCUGACGCUGUUCGGGCACAUUAUUCAGAAACGACCGACGUGGCUGCACAAGGUGGGGAACCAUCAGCUGGUGAAGGAGGUCCUGAAACUGUCCAAGAUGGAGCGGGAAAUUAUUCCGCUGAUUAGCGCCGUGCUGUGUAUCAUCGAUCUGUUGCCCGUGAUUCCGUUGGUGAUGGGUGGAAUGUUGCAGGAUUUGUUUGAAAUAUUCAACUACCUGGCGACGUUCGAUCGAAACACGUCGGUUAGCUUGCCGGAGGAUCAGUUGAUUCAUCUACAGUUUGGCCUUUAUGAGUUGUUCAAUCGGUUGUACGGAAUGUAUCCGUGUAAUUUUGUUACGUUCCUGAAGAGGGAGUAUCGGGGAGAAAAGCAAGCGGUUUUCCAGCAUACGAUAAAGCCCCUGUUGGAUACAGUAAAGAUUCAUCCUCGACUAGUGUCAUCGGAUAAAGACAAUGAAAUCAGCCAAACCCGGUGGAGGAAUAUGGAACCGCAUGAUGUGGUCAGCGAAUGUGCUCGUAUGGCGCUAGACUAUAUGGGAAAGCCGCAGGAUAUACAGAACAACCAACUUAUGGGUAGCGAAUGUCCUUGCUAUGCAACGCCUAUGAAACCAGUAGAGUUUAGUGCCAUGACGGCUACCAUAGACUUCCAAUGGAAGGCAACGGUGAACUACUUCAAUAAGACCUCAACCGACGACAAGCUUAGCAUCAUAGCGGUGCAGAACUCGUUUUGGUCCCCGAGUAACAUGAUGCAGCCGACACCACCUCCGGGUCUGGCCACUGUUCCCCAUACUCCCAAUCCAACCCCGAGCUACACUAUCCCUUCAAUAUCGGGUCCUCUUCUACCGGCGGCUGACGGUGCUUCCCCACCGGAAGCAGCCGUCGAAGCCACUCCGGAAACCACACCGAUGAAGGACAUCGUGAAGCCAGUUCGACCGUACCCGAUGAAUUCAGGCGCGGUUCGAGCCAUCCUAAAUACCAGCCAACCAUCAUCACCAAUCAAGAAAGAAUCCGCCAGUGGCCAUUUCAACUUCAACGAGAAAAGCAUCGUCACCUCACAGAAGUUGCUUCGAAUGGUAAACGAUCGGAACCAUUCGGUGAUGCAGAUUGCGUCUGGUAACACUACAACCACGACGGCAACAUCGACCACUAGUAACAGUGUGCCUUCCAGUCCGCUUCCGAUCGAUCAGCCGACAUUCGAGAUUUCCCGAGUCUCCCAGAAGGUGGCGAACCUCAAGUUGACCCCCGCCGGCAUGGUUCUCACUCCACGCUAUGAUUCGCCUUCGCUCAUGCAGUUGUCCGAUUCGACCCAAGAGGAUCAGGAGGUGACCGACAUAAACAGCCAUCUGCUGCAGGAUCAGCACCAGCAACAACUACAGCCACUACCAUCGGCGCACCCGAUGAAAGAGGCCUUCGAUGCCGAAGAUUUCGAACAGGAAGAGGGAUCACCCUGUUCGGCUGGAGGGUUACACUUCAAAAGUUCUCAGUCGAUGAUCAACUUCACACGAAAACGGUAUCGGAUGCACAGUCAGUGUCUAGUGGAUUCCGACCCCAGCUACAGCACCGGAACAUCCCCAGCCGAUACAAGCAGCUAUAUGCUCAAGAAUAGCGGCGGGAUCAGUGUUACACGGAGUGCCAUCGGUGAGGCACUGAAAAAGCAUCGCCGAAGGCACUCGCUACCCGACCUGAAAAAGUACAGUCUACGAGUGGAUCCGAAAACGUUGGCUGGCGAUAGGCAAGAUUUGACGCUAAUCGAAACGAACGGCGAUAGCAGCAGUGGAAGCAGUCCCUCCGAAGAAGAGGCCAUAUCGGCGGCAACACACUUCAACAAAAAGCAAGAGCAAAAGACUGAAGAGCACAUUCGUAGGAAUAUGGCGUUGUUUCAGGAGAUCCGCAAAAAUCUCACCAAUUUGGCGGGACAUCGGCCAACACAGAGUGUGGGACCACCGGUUUCCCAAUUGGUCACCAGCGGCACACAAACAAUCGAAAGUUACCCGCAGCCCUACGAGCAGAUCAUCUACGGUAUUCUGCAGGAAGAACAAAAAUUCAAGACCGAUAUUGCAAUGAAACGACUGCAGGAGAAAGCCGAAUCCGGAAACCGGAUGGACUCCAAUGCCAUGCUUGACAAGUACAUCGAACUGUGCGUGAAAAAACGGAUGGAAACCGGCGACUCGCGAAAGGUGGAGGACAUGUACCGGGAUCAUAUCAAACUGCUUACCUUGCAGCUGCAGUUUGAGAAACACCGGAGAGAGAUCCACGCCGAACGGAACCGUCGUCUGCUGGGCAAAAGCAGGGUGAUACGAGCAUUGGAACAAAACAACGAUGCCCUGAAGGACCAGGUUUCCAGACUGACCAAAGAGAUUAGUUCACUGAACACCGAACUGGCAAAUUUAAGGCGAAAAACCAAUGCCGAUUGGACCAAAAGUUCGACGGAAGUGAUCGAGCUGAAGGAGCGGUACGCGGCGGAAACCCGCAAAAAUCAGGACCUACAAUUGAAGGUCAAGGAACUGGAGGCGGCUAUGAGCGAAGACACACAAACACGUAAGGAGCAAACGAUGGCCCUGGAACAGGCACGAGGGGAGUUGUUCGAUCUGACGAACGAUAUGGAACAGGCGCUGCAUAAGGCCGAUCUGGGCCAGCAGUACCGGGACGAGCUGACGCGGUUGCAGUGCGAAAUGAUUUUGAUGGGAGAAAUCCAGCUCAAGUGCAGGGAACGGCUUUCCCAGUUGGACAGUUUUAAGGCCAGGGACGCGGAAAUUGCAAUGAUUCAGGAAACGUACCUGGACGAGGUGAAAGACCUAAAACUCAGCCUGGAGAUGAAAUCCUCUCAGCUGGACUCGGCCAAAGAACGACUGACGGAACUGGAGCAGCAGCUAAUGAAGCGUGACGAAACCAUCGCGCUGCAAAAGCGCAUGCUCAAAACGGUCAAGGAAGAGCAUAAAGAGCAGUUCAAUGCUCUCGAGCGCAAAUAUCAUGCACAAAAGGCAAUCGUAGUCAAAAUGGAGGAAGCCAUUCUGGAGUUACGGGUCAAUGCUGUCGCUCGUUCGCCUGAUUCCGAUCGAACUGACGCCGUCGGUUCGCUGGACCACACGUCGCCUUUGUCGAUUUCUCUGGCAUCGAGCGAGGGUCUCUCCGAGAUCAAGAAUCUAGCCCUGGUGGUCCAAUCCGGUGGGAGCAGCACCCUGAACAACAACAAUCACGAACUGGACUCCAAUCUGCCGACACCGACGAGUGUACCUCUGCCACCGCUACCCUUGGACAAUAACAAUGCACUAUCUAUGGCCGCGGGAAAUGCAGGCCCGAUAGCGAUUGCGGGUACCAGCAGCGGUAGGCCUCCACUGCCUCCUUUAGCGGGGACUGAUCCGAUGCCAGGACCAAGUCAGCGACUAUGAACAAACUCCUCCUUGAUCCAUCACAUCCCCACCCAUAGCAUGCUUUCGGUAUUUUGCCUUGUUUUGUUCUGGUCGCUUUCCCCCCGAGCAGCCACAGAGAAAAGAAAACUUAUUUUCUCUAUUGUUUGUUAGUCUAUUGAAUUGAUGAUUACGUUGAAGUCAAAAGAACGAUUAAUUUCGUAGGGAUUCGAUCUGAAAGCAAAUCCUACUGUCAAGGAUGGAACGCGCAUCUGCAGUACCCUAGAGGACAUAUUUUAUGAAUAAAUCGAAAUCGUCAGGAGCAGAGGAAAGGCUGAGACCUCUGCUUGUAAGGUGGAUCGAGUGGCGCUUACGAAGGUGACGACGAACUGAAAAAGACUGGUGUGGAAUAUUCUCAAAUCGAAAUAAUAAAAAUAAAACAGUGAGAGAUGAGAGAUAAAUCGCUUUAAUUGAGUUACAAAAAUAGGUAAAAAGUAAAAAGUAGCGUUAAUCUGUUGAAGAAAGCAUAAUAUUCUAUUGAAAAAAAAAGCGACUAAACAAAAGUGAAUCUAAAUUAUCGAUUCAGGAGAGUAAACUAUACGCAGCAAUUCUAACAACAAGGAAACAUAACAAUGUGAACCCCUCUAGAGACAGCCUGCAGUAGCAACGUCUAACCGUUUUGUGGGAUGACAGACAACACUGAUAGUUUCGGCGAGAGCGGGAGGAAACAAAAUGCAACAUUAAAGAAAUGACGUUGAUUGAAGAAGAA